AAACACCUAUGUUUGGUAAUGGAGUACGUUGAAGGCGGGGAUUGUGCUACUCUAUUGAAAAACAUCGGCCCUCUACCUCCAGAUAUGGCAAGAUUUUAUUUUGCUGAAACUGUUUUAGCCGUUGAAUACCUACACAGUUACGGGAUUGUUCAUCGUGAUUUGAAGCCCGACAACUUGUUAAUUACAGCUCUUGGUCACAUAAAACUUACGGACUUUGGUUUAAGCAAAAUGGGUCUCAUGUCUCUUGCCACAAAUUUAUACGAGGGUUACAUCGAAAAAGAUACCAGACAAUUUUCUGAUAAACAAGUUUUCGGUACACCCGAAUAUAUCGCUCCCGAGGUAAUUCUCCGUCAAGGCUAUGGGAAACCUGUUGACUGGUGGUCUAUGGGAAUCAUAUUGUACGAGUUCCUUAUUGGCUGCGUUCCAUUUUUUGGAGAAACACCGGAGGAGCUGUUUGCUCACACAGUCAAUGAUGAUAUCGAGUGGCCGGAAGAAGACGACUGGCCUGUACAACCGGAAGCUAAAGACAUCAUAACAGCUCUUUUACAACAAAGUCCUCGAGAACGUUUAGGAACGGGAGGCUCGCACGAAGUCAAAGAACACCCUUAUUUCUAUGGAGUCAAUUGGAACACCCUCUUAAGACAGAAAGCCGAGUUCGUUCCUCAGUUAGCAAAUGAAGAGGAUACUAGUUAUUUCGAUACGCGGAUGGAUCGUUAUAACCACGAUCUUGGUGAUGAAACGGACGAUACCGACGAUUCACCCCUAUUUGGUUCCUUUUCCUCGUAUUCGCCGCAGUCUCGCAAAAUUUCACAAACGCAGCUGCCAAAUUUGAACCAGUCAGAAACUGAGCCAGAUUCUUUGAAAAAGCAACUGUUUCGAAAUGAACUGGAAAGAACCGUGGCUCAGUUGACUUUAAAUUCACCUGUCUCGUCGGUACAAACCCUUUCCAAGACGGAAGAAAUUGUUGUGGAGAAGCCUGUCGUGCAAAGCGAGCCUCCAAAAUCAUUAGUCCCAUCAGCUGUUAAGUUAAAAAAGAGCUCGAGCGCAGACUCUCAGUCAACUGGAAAAAAAACAACAUCACCCCCACUGUCUACUCCCAUUGGGCCCAAUACAUCUGGUCCGUAUCACAGUACACCCGAAAGCUCGCAAACCGAAUCGGAUGACAUCAGUCCUCAGAUCCAGAGAAAGCGAUUUGUUCAUUCGCGAGACAAGCUUCCCAGGUUCAGUAUUUCCUUCGAUGAUGAUAGUAACAACACGCUCGAUCUGAUGGCUGCUCACAGAGACUCAACCGAAGAUAAGCUCGGCUCUAGUACGGACUCUUUUGAGUCUUUCACAGCUUUUCCGCUUUUACCUACCGGUAAGCAAAAAUCACGGUCUGUAAUUAAAUCAGCGUCCACCAGCGGUCUUUCGUUAGUAAUACCAACGGGUGAUUAUUCAUAUCCGGCUGCUGGUGCAAAUCAAGCUGUAGAGUCUCCCGGGGGUUCAUCAACGGCCUCGUCGCGUGAUACGUCGCCGUGUCGGGAACUGAGUCCCCUGGUAAUGAGCUUGAAGCCUCCGAUAAUCAUUCGCCGAGGUCCGAACGGUUUUGGAUUCACUGUACACACAAUUAGAGUCUACUACGGAGACAGUGACUUUUACACCAUGCACCAUUUGGUCAUGGCAGUAGAUUCGUCGAGCCCGGCGUUUGAGGCUGGAUUGCGUCCCGGUGACCUUAUCACCCACAUAAACGGCGAGCCAGUUCAGGGCCUGUAUCACACGCAAGUACUGCAGUUGAUGUUAAGCGGCGGUGAUCACGUAACUUUGCGCAGUACGCCACUCGAGAAUACCAGUAUUAAGACAGGAGGUCGCAAGCGGGAGCCUGCCCAGAGUAAAAUGGCCAGGCGAGCUCUGCAUCAGCGCCAGCGCAAACAGAAGCGAGAUCACAACGACAAAAAACGCAAGACCUCGUUAUUCAGAAAGAUAAGCUCCAAACGAGCUAGUGCUGAGAUGCAGCAGCCAUUAUGUAUCAGUUCUCCCUUGUCUGCACCCAUACUACCCAGUGACAGCAAACCACCCCUUAUGAUGGCAGCUGGAAUCUGUUCACCGUCAAUGGUGACGCCCACGCGAUCCUUUCAGGCAUUUGCCAGGCAACAACAGCAAGAUAUAUCGGCGCUUUUUCCGUCCCCAACAGGAGCACCAAACCGUCCCAGUGCAGAGUCUUACAACUCAACGGCUCAUUCGAGUCCAAGCUCAAGUCCAAAUUCAUCAUCACCUGGCUCGAAUACUUCGAUUGGUGGCAGCGGUGGUGUCGGCGGUGGCAGCGGUGGUGGUGUUGGUGGAAGCAACCAUGGGGUCAGCGUCAGUGGCAGUUGCUCUGGUAACUCUGUCAAUACCAGCAACUUGGGCAGCCAGGCCCAUUACCAGAGACCCAGCACGUUACACGGGCUCAAGCACAAACUGCACACCGCAGCCAAGAAUAUACACUCGCCGAAUCGGCGCAAAUCCGUCGGACACAUUCCCCUCUCGCCGCUGGCUCGCACGCCAAGUCCUUCGCCCAUCCCGGCCAGUCCGACGCGAAGUCCUAGUCCCCUUGCCUUUCCCACAGGCCAUCAGCCUGGCAGCUCCAAUACAACACAGUCUUACAGUCCUGGCGCUUCGCUAUCGACGCCAAAUAGCCAGAAAAAGGCGUACAGCCGUCCAAAGUCUGCUGAGCCCGGCUCGCCCCUCCUGCGACGUGCUUUGAGUCCAGAUCGGCUACAUCCACGUUCGGCUGAAACGAAAACGUCGAUAUCGCCGUUGGCCAACAGCGUAGUCAAAGUAACGCCUCGUGUGAGCAUAGCCCAGAGUACGUACCCUGAAAGUUCGGACGACAUCAACAGCAGCAGCAGCGAUGCUGGUUUAACUUCCAGUCAAAUGAAGGACGAUGUCACGGGUGUUAGUUGCUGCAAUACCAGUAAUAGCAGUAAUAAUAAACUGGACAAAAAAUCGGAGCAGCAGAAGUCAAUCGUCGACUAUUCGAAGCUCGGCCUUGGGAUUUCGAUUAACAUAGCGAACGUGCCGAUCUCAAUGUCGAACUCGAGUCAGUUGCCAAGAAUAGCUGAAGAGAAGGACUCACCGACUGGUAGCAAAAGCGACGAACCUUUGACGACGCGCGAAUUCAUAGAUGCUGGACAAGGCAGUAAAACCGAACAGCAGAUUAUCUUAUAUUUUUUUAUCUCGAUGAACGAUCGAUUGAUUAAUUGA